AUGAGUGUGAGGUUAGAUGACAAGAAUUAUUCGUAUUGGAGUUAUGUGAUGAGAAAUUUUCUUAAGGGUAAAAAGAUGUGGGGAUAUGUUAGUGGAACUUCUGUGAAACCUAAGAAUACUGAUGAGGGUUAUGAUGCUUUGAUAGAUGCUUGGGAAGCAAACAAUGCAAAAAUUAUUACUUGGAUUAACAAUUCUGUUGAGCAUUCCAUAGAUCUUUGGGAUCAAUUGGCUCUUAUAGAAUCUGAAGAGUUAAAGGCAUGUGGUGCCUAUAUUGUUCGUAGGGAGCAGCAACGGUUGGUACAGUUCUUAACGGCACUUCGCAGUGAUUUUGAAGGACUUAGAGGUUCAAUUUUGCAUCGUUCUCCACUUCUUUCUAUUGACUCAAUUGUCAGUGAGUUAUUGGCUGAAGAAAUACGUCUUAAGUCUCACUCUGAAAAGGGAAUUUUUUCUACUUCUAAUCCUUCUGUGUUGGCAAUACCUUCGAAGCCAGUCUUUAAUAAUCAGAAUAAGCCUUACACAAGGGUUGCCUUCGACGAGUGUAGUUUCUGUAAGCAAAAAGGUCUUUGGAAGGGUUACAAACCACCACAGUCUAAUACUGCAACAGUAGUUUCAUCAGGUCCUUUCACCAAUCCUAGUACUCUGGCUGAGCAAUUUCAGAAGUUUCUCUCCUUACAGCCACAAGCUAUGUCUGCUUCUUCUUCAGUAGGUCAGUUCCCUCAUAGUUCUUCAGGUAUGUCACAUUCUGUAUGGGUUUUGGAUGCUGGUGCUUCACAUCAUAUGUCUCCAGAUUUUUCAUCUUUUGCUUCUGUGUCUCCUUCAUCUUCUAUUCCUGUUAUGACUGCUGAUAGCACUCAUAUGCCUUUAGCAGGUGAUCUACAGUCUCGGAAGCUGAUUGGGACGGGCCGUAGGAAUGGGGGACUACAUAUUUUGGAUGAGUUAAAAGUGCCAGUUGCUGUUGCUGCUGCUGCUAGUGCUAAUGCUGUCGCUACUAGUGUUGAUUUGUCUUCUUUUCAUUUGAGUCCUUCUUCUUCUGGUUUUUAUUUAUGGCAUUCUCGUUUAGGUUAUGUUUCGUCUUCUCGUUUGAGAUUUUUGGCAUCUACAGAUGGAAAUGUUCACCAAACCUCGUGUACAGAUACUCCUGAGCAAAAUGGUGUUGCUGAAAGAAAACAUAGGCACAUUGUUGAAACUGCUCGUUCUCUCUUAUUGUCUGCUUCUAUUCCUAGUGUGUUUUGGGGUGAAGCUAUUCUUAUUGCUGUAGGUUUGAUUAAUACAAUUCCAUCUUCUCAUAUUUCAGGUUUUUCUCCUUUCGAAAAGUUGUAUGGGUAUGCCCCUGAUUAUUCUUUCUUAAAAGUUUUUGGUUGUACUUGUUUCAUUCUUCGUCCUCAUGUAGAACGCAGCAAGUUGUCCUCUCGAUCUGCUAUUUGUGUCUUUCUUGGUUAUGGUGAAGGUGUUGACAUUUUACUCUCCGGCACACCUGAAGGUCCCUCUUCUCCUGUGGUCCCUCAAGCUCCGUCUAAGACUAUGGAUCCACCUCUACGUCAAUCCAUACGCAUUCGUAAGUCCACAAAGUUACCAGAUUUUGCUUAUUCUUGUUAUUCUUCAUCUUUUGCUUCCCUUUUAGCUUCUAUUCAUUGUCUCUCUGAGCCCUCUUCCUAUAAAGAGGCAAUUCUUGUUCCUCUUUGGCAGCAAGCUAUGGAUGAGGAACUUUCUGCUUUGCAUAAGACAGGUACUUGGGAUUUGGUUCCUUUACCUCUUGGUAAGACUGUUGUUGGUUGUCGUUGGGUGUAUAAGAUUAAGACUAAUUCUGAUGGAUCUAUUGAGCGAUACAAAGCUAGGUUGGUUGCAAAAGGGUACUCUCAACAGUAUCGUAUAGAUUAUGAGGAGACAUUUGCUCUUGUUGCAAAAAUGAUUACUAUUCGUACUCUUAUUGCAGUAGCUUCGGUUCGUCAGUGGCAUAUCUCUUAA